AUGCCUCGCGCAGCGGUUUGCUGUGAACGGACGGGCGCUAUGGGUAACGGUGCGUCGGCUUCGAAGUACAAGGCGCAACAUGGGCCCUUGCAGAAGACAGCGUCGGAGGAUGGGAACACAUCUAUGCUGGCAGAGGAGGUGCUCGACGCAAAGAGCUUUAACGAACGUGGAUGGCAAAGACUAGUUGGCGAUCAAAUAGAAGGUGCCAUUGAAGAUUUUGACAAGGCCAUCGAGUUGGACCCAAGUUACGCAGCUGCAUACAACAAUCGUGGCAUUGUCUGCGAGUUGGCUGGACGCGAUGACUUUCCCUUGGACUAUGAUGAGGCUGACCGCUUGACUUCGGAAACACCAGAAGUGCAAGAAAAGCUUCGAAAGGCUCGAAAGUGGAAACAGAUCGGCUGGAAAGGUCGUGGGGAAGUGGAAGCUAUGCAGAAAGCUCAGGAUGCCGACUUUUUGAUCUCCUUCACCACGGGCGACAGGACGCGCAAUGAUGAACUCCUUCGAACUUUGAAGAACGAGAAGGUCCUGUUUCGUGGAGAGCUGCGCUCCGUGACCUUUUGCACCGACAAAUCCUUGUCUAUAGCGCAUAGGGUGGUUUGCUCUCAAACAGCCUCAUUGAGGAAAGACGGUGAGUUCCCAGCCUGGUUCAAAGAAUACAUGGAAGCAGCUUUGCAGACGCGGCAUGGAGUAUUGAUCUUGAAUAUGACAGAAGGAUACCUCAAGUCAAAGGCUUGUAGGUGGGAGUUUGGUUACAUCCGUCGCCCUGAAUUGGUGAACGUCUUCAUUCCAGGUGAGCCGUGCAAGAUUGUGCCUUGGGAAGAGCUGGCCCAAAAUGCAGAACUUUGCCAAGAAGUUUUCAACUCCGAGGGAUUUUCGGAGGCUAUGAUGUCGCAAGACCUGAAGCAAGAGAAGGCCAAGACCUUGGAGCAGAUGAGUAAGCUUGCAAAAUUUGCCAAGGAGCAGGAGUUUCAGGCCUGGUGUGAGCUGCCUCUUCGGCAGGUGGCCUAUGCAUUUUCCAAGCGCCACUUCGAGGAGGAGAAGGAGGAGGAGAGCGAGAAGAUCAGCGAGAGCAGCUUUCAAUUGGCUCGGGUUUACCUGGAAACUGGAUUCGCAGCGAGGGCCAAGGAGUUGUUGGAGAAGCUUUUGGGAUCCCAUCAAACGGGAAACCUGGGCCUAGACAACCCUGGUUUGGCGAAUCUGUUGACGUAUCUUGCAAAUGCGCACGGUGCCUUAGGUGAUGAUAGGCAAAAGAAGGAGAUGCUGGAGCGUGCGUUGAAGCUUCUGGAACAACACUGUGGCUCGGUCGAUCCAGAGGUGGCCAUUACGUUGGUGAAUCUUGGAAGCGCCCACGAAUCCUUGGGCGAUUACAAGAUGGCCAAGGAGAUGCUGGGGCGGGCUUUGAAGAUUGAGGAACACCACUAUGGCUUGGACCAUCCAGUUGUGGCGAAAACCUUGGUGAAUCUUGGAAAUAUCCAUGGUGACCUGCGCGAUCAAAGGCAGAAGAAGGAGAUGCUGGAGCGUGCUUUGAAGAUUCUGGAACAAAGCUAUGGCUCGGACCAUCCAGAGGUGGCCAUUACGUUGACGAAUCUUGGAAAUGCCCAUGGAUGCUUGGGCGAUCACAGAAGCGCCAAGGAGAUGCUGGAGAGGGCCUUGAAGAUUAAAGAACAACACUAUGGCUCGGACCAUCCGGAGGUGGCGAUUGUUUUGGUGAAUCUUGGAGCUCCCUACGGACAAUUGGGCGCUCACAGCCAGACGAAGGAGAUACUGGAGCGUGCUUUGAAGAUUUUGGAACAACACUAUGGCUCGGACCAUCCAGAUGUGGCCAAGACGUUGACCAAUCUUGGAAGUGCUCACCUCAAGUUGGGCGAUCACACCAGGGGCAAGCAGAUGCUGGAGAGGGCCUUGAAGUUUCAGGAGCGUUACUAUGGCUCGGAGCAUCAGGUGGCCGAUACGUUGGACAAACUUGUAGCUGCACGGCUUUUGCUGGACGAUUUGGACGCUGCCAAGGAGAUGCUGGAGCGCUCCGUGCAGAUCGAAAUGGAGUUUCUUUCGGCACUCAUCGCCUCGCGUACUCAUCCCCUUGGAGAAGAGGUUGGCACUUGA